CACACACACGUAACCGCCAUUCGAGGUCCGCAGUGAUGUCGAGUAGUAGACUUGACUCACGUUCCAAUCCAGUGCCAUCGCCAAAAAAUAUUGUUUUGUGGCUAUGCAUUCCCCAUUCUGUUCCAUAAUUAUAGCUACACUGUUUUGACGGCGAGCGCACACUGCUUUGCUAGUUGGGCGCGAUUACACGGUAACGGGAGUUGAUUCAAGUAGGAUUUGAAACGUGAAUCAGGUCAGCCCGAUGAUGCUCUUUUUAGUCUAAGCUGUGGUGAUGAAAUUGACACUCUGACCUUCGCUCCGACCGCUCCACGUGUCAUCCACUUCAAAAACUAACUAUCGUGUGUCAGUGAGUGUGUGGUAAUAUUGAAGAGAGAAACUUCACGUGUCUUCAACUUCAAGAACUAACUAUCGUGUGUCAGUGUACUGAGUGUGUGGUAAUAUUGAAGAGAGAAACUUCGAGAACAUUUCUUGCUACGAUGUUUCAGUGGUAUGUACCAAUCGUUGUCGGCUCUGCCGCCGGCUAUCGGUGUUUCAACUCGGCGUUGGAUGUGCUACCGAUACCCGCACCUCCCGGGAAGUAUUUAGGGAAAGAACGGCACAGAUGGAGGAAUGCCAUCACAUCGUUAUUCAACUCUGCACUGAUGUCUGUAAUCGUAUUGUAUUGUUUGUUUAGUCAUCCACAGAUAUGGACGGACCCAAUCGGUUAUUACUCGGUUGUUGCUGACGCUGGUUUUGCUGUAAUGUCUGGGUAUGUGUUGUACGAUACCUACGACAUUCUGACGUACACUGAUCUAUCCAAGGUGUUUGCAGUUAUUACACACCACGUUAUUAUUGCUAUUUCACUGUUUAUGUUGAGCUACGAGACAAUAGGUAUUGGCGUUUUAUACAUCGGCCUCUUGACUGAAGUGCACGCUAUCUUCCUUCACUCACGUCAGCUCCUCAUCAUGUACGGUAUCUCCAAAAGCUCCACUCUGUACAGCGUCCAUAAAUCCACAAACCUCGUCACGUUUGUGGUGUUACGUCUCGUGCCGUUACUGUUUGCUUUGUACUGUUCCUGUACGAUGAUAAGUCGUAACUUCUUCGCACUGUAUUAUAUUCUACCAUGUUUUACGGCGGUGAUGUGUACGAUUAACUUCGUGUUGCUGUGGAGGCUACUCCGCAGCGAUUUCUUAGUUACGAACGGCAAAGACGGAAACAUUCUUGAAGACUGAGGGUGAUAAGAGCGUACCGAACUUGGGUGUUUUUUUAAUGAAUGGUCGUCCAGAUAAUGUGAACAGCUGUUUGGAUUGACCAUGGAGGAAAGAAUACAUCGACCAUCUCCAUGAACAACACCGAGGGUUAACUGCAUGUUAAUUCCCUGUCUUACAUUAUGACAAUUUUGUGUCCCCCUUUUUGGAUUUGAAUCCGAGUUUCGGCAACGCCAACAAACGUGUCUGAGCGUCAGUCAUAAUUGGUUAUGCCAUUAUGUAUUUGGUUCGGUUCUGCCGUACCUACUGUGGGAACGCUCUGACCGAAGUGUAACUUUGUUGACUUGUUUAGGUUUGGUGUCAAGAUGGUGUAUUUUACAAACUAACGAAAGGUUUUCUCCUAGAUUGUUUUAACUGCUUAAGUUGCAUACAAUCCAAUAGUGGCAAUAAAGUUAUAUUGUUUUUACACAAAACCGAAA